AUGUCCCAGAGCCCCGAAUACACGUCCUUCUUUGCCAUCAUGGGCACCUUGGCUGCCAUGGUCUUCAGCCACCUAUCCACACUUUAUGGCACAGCAAAAAGUGGCACUGGUAUUGCAGCCAUGUCAGUUAUACGACCUGAACUGAUCGUGAAGUCAGUCAUUCCUGUCUUCAUGGAUGGUAUCAUUGCUAUAUAUGCUUUGGUGGUGGCUGUUCUCAUUGCCAACUCUCUGCCACCAGAAAUGACCCUGUUUAAGAGCUUCCUUCAGCUGGGAGCAGGCCUCAGCACGGUCCUGAGUGGGCUGGCAGCUGGCUUUGCCAUUGUCAUUGUAGGUGAUGCUGGUGUUCGGGGGACAGCACAGCUUCCCCUACUGUUCGUAGGGAUGAUCCUGAUUCUGAUCUUUGCUGAGGUGCUUGGGCUGUAUGGCCUGAUUGUGGCCCUCAUUCUCUCUACAAAGUAG